AGGGGAUGAAAGUGAGGUUGGGCCCCGCGGCUUGCCGGGCUCCUUCUUUCCCUCUCCCCUUCCCUCGGGCGGCGUCUCCCGGCGCUCACAGGGCGGUGCAGAUCCAAGGGUUGAAAGGUAGCACUCAAGGGUUAGCCGAGACGGGAGGGUUCCGGAGCCCCAUCCCUGGGGAGAGGCCUCCCUGCAGGUCUCCCUAUCCUACGAGGUUUCCAGUUCUACACCAGGGAUGCGAUUUAGCGACCAGAAGGACAGGGUGGACACAGCAUCCAUGGACUGAGACUAAAGGCAGGGCCCCCACCACUGUCUCUGCGAAUUUGGUAAUCACCGGCAUCACUCCCACCCUCUUAACUGCUACCCCUGGGUUCCUCUGCCAGCAAGAUGCUGGGUGGAAAUGUGAAAUCCGAGGCCACUUGCCAGGACCCGGUGACCAAGGGAGUCCCCCACCAGGACUUGCCCAGCCAGCCCGCCGCAUCUGGGAGCGUGCCCUCCCGGCCCCGCCGGCGGCCCCCACCCCAGCGCCCGCACCGCUGUCCGGAUUGCCCCAAGGCUUUCUCGUACCCAUCCAAGCUGGCCACGCACCGGCUAGCGCACGGUGGCACCCGCCCGCACCCGUGCCCCGACUGCCCCAAGGCCUUCUCCUACCCGUCCAAGCUGGCCGCGCACCGCCUCACACACAGCGGAGCUCGCCCGCACUCCUGCCCGCACUGCCCCAAGGCCUUCGGCCACCGCUCCAAGCUGGCGGCGCAUCUUUGGACGCACGCUCCGGCCCGCCCCUACCCAUGCCCCGAUUGCCCCAAGUCCUUCUGCUACCCCUCCAAACUGGCGGCCCACCGCCACACGCACCACGCCACCGACGCCCGCCCAUACCCUUGUCCACACUGCCCCAAAGCGUUCUCGUUUCCCUCCAAACUGGCGGCUCACCGCCUGUGUCACGAACCCCCCACUGCGCCCAGCAGCCAGACCACUGGCCACCAUCGAUGCUCCAGCUGUGACCAGGCCUUUGGUCAGAGACGCCUCCUAUUGGUUCAUCAACGCAGCCACCACCAGUCCGAGGGCCAGGGAGAGAGGGAGUGAGCUGUUGGUCCAGCCGCCCAUCUGCCUCCGCCACGUGUCAAUAAA